GCGCGGCCGAUUCAAGAUGGCGGAGGCGGAGGAGCUGCCGGACGAGAGUUCGUCAGCAAAGGCUCUUGUGAGUUUGAAAGAGGGUAGCUUGUCCAGCACAUGGAAUGAGAAGUGCAUUGCAUUAUCCAAGACUCCUCCAUGGAAAGGAAGGAACUCCUGCUCGGCUGUUGAGACUCCAACAAGAAGCACGAAGAGGAGUCGACUCUUCAAUGAGGAGGACGAGAGGCAUCUGCAGAGCACUAAGUCUCCCAAGAGGAGCCAGCGAGUUGCCAUGCAUCCUCAGAAAUUCCCGGCCGUCUUGGCGACACCUGACAAGAAGGCCGCCCAGAAGAUCGGCUUGCGGCUCCGGAACCUGCUGAAGCUGCCCAAGGCCCACAAGUGGUGCAUCUACGAGUGGUUUUACUCGAACAUUGACAAGCCGCUUUUCGAGGGGGAUAAUGAUUUCUGUGUGUGCCUGAAGGAGUCCUUCCCAAAUCUAAAAACCAGGAAGCUGACCAGAGUGGAGUGGGGAAAGAUCAGGAGGCUGAUGGGGAAACCCAGACGCUGUUCGGCAGCUUUCUUUGCGGAGGAGCGGUCUGCCUUGCAACACAAGCGACAGAAGAUCAGAGUCCUGCAGCAGAGGAAAGUGACGGAGCUGUCCCAGUACAAAGACCUCCCAGACGAAAUCCCGUUACCACUAGUUAUAGGGACAAAAGUUACUGCACGACUUCGAGGUGAUCACGACGGCUUGUUUACGGGACAAAUAGACGCAGUCGACACUAUUAACGCAACCUACAGAGUCACGUUUGACCGGACGGGGCUUGGAACGCACACUGUGCCCGACUAUGAAGUUCUUAGCAACGAGACGCACGAAACCAUGCCCAUCACCGCCUUUGCACAGAAGCAGCGACCGUCCAGAUACUACCUGACGCCACCCCGGCUGCCUUACACUACCAGCGGGCAAUCGCCCAUCACGGACAACGAUCCACUUUUGGGUCAGUCACCCUGGAAAAGCAAACUAUCGGCCACGGAUGGAGACACACUUGGGGGGUUUCCUAUAGAAUUCCUCAUCCAGGUGACAAGACUAUCCAAAAUACUCAUGAUCAAGAAGGAGCACAUCAAACAGUUGAAAGAAAUGAACACUGACGCGGAGAAACUGAAAUCCUACUCUGCCUCCAUUGGAAUAGACUUUCAGAAACGGUAUGCGACCAUUGUUUUAGAAUUGGAGCAACUCAACAAGGAUCUGAACAAGGUGUUGAAUAAAGUCCAGCAGUUUUGUUAUGAGCUGGCUCCCGACCAGGGCCUGCAGCCCAUGGAUCAGCCGACGGACAUGCGACGACGGUGCGAAGAGGAGGCUCAGGAGCUGGUGCGGCAGGCAAACAGCUCGCAGACUGGCCAGGCCAGUGUCAGGAACGAGAACCUCACCGACCUGAUCGCCAGGCUCACCGCCGUCCUGCUGCAGAUCAAAUGUCUGGCAGAAGGAGGGGACUUAAACUCUUUUGAAUUCAAGUCGUUAACAGACUCGUUGAAUGACAUCAAGAGCUCUAUAGACUCCUCCAAUGUAAGCUGCUUCCAAAACAAUGUCGAAAUCCACGUUGCACACAUCCAGAGUGGACUGAGUCAGAUGGGGAACCUGCACGCCUUCACUGCCAACAACACCGACAUGGACUGAGUGGACUGGCCUUCGUGAACCCAGGGACUCGUGAGGAAGCUGUGCUGUGCUGAGCUCACCUGGCGCAGGCAGGCAGGCAGGCAGGCAGGCAGGCAAGAGGAGAGCGCUUUUUUAAAAAGAAAAAACACAAUUGUACAGCCAAAUAAAAGCCGAUGAGAGAGCGAUUUCCGAGCGCGCUCUCUGUACUUUUUUCAUUACAAAAUGUAGUGCAGCAGCCUGAGUUUUUCAGGAAUCGGAUUUAUUUUUGUAUGUUUUGUCAUUUAAAGGUUUAUUACCCUUGCUUUCUCAGUGUAAAUAUUACCUGUAAACUGAGGUAGGUAUCAGAUUGACUGUGUGAUGGAUCUGAACUAUGUAAAAAUGUAAAUAGUUUAUUUUUUUUUUUAGAAAAAGCACAAAAAAAAAAGCUAUGUUGUGACUCCCACCUCCUGAUGUGCUGGUUGCAUCAAGUCCUAGACGGUGCUCAUAGUCUCCUCCCCUGCCGCUGGUCCCUGCUGCCAUCUUCUCCAGUGUGGAUCAAGCCUCGUGACAGAGCCCCCACUCCCUGUCCACAGCUUCAGUCGCUCUAUCACCACCUUUAGCCUUCAAGCACGGCUUUUCACAAGACAGCAAUCAAUGGCUGUCUCAGCCCCCU